CACUGCUGACUGCUCCACCUCCUGCCUUCUCACCCCACAACCCCUUCACGAAGGUUGACAUCACACCACGGAAAGGAGAGACGCAUUCACAAGAUCCUCAGUUUCUUUGGAGGACACGAAGUGUAUGCACAAGACUGCAGAGCUCCAAAGAAAUUAGGAGGCGAGAGAGGAGGAGGACGGGGGAAAGGAGGGAGCAGAGGAGCGAAACCCAGACAAGAAGAACAGGAAAGAAACCACUCUGUAUGACUGGCUCCGGAACACCGACACACACACACACACACACACACACACAUUAGCAGAUAGGGAGACAGAGGUAGAUGAAAUCCUGUCGUUACAAACAGCUGAAAUUUUACUAUCACAGGAAGGGACUAAACCAUAGAUAGUAUUAAAAGUACGCGGUAAAUCAAUAACAUUCUUAUGUGAUUCUGGAGCUUGCCGAACAGUUGUGCGACGUAAUUAAACAGGGAAAGAUUUUCCCCUAAAACCAAACGGCGGUUUAAGGGUUAGAUCAGCCACAGGACAUGUGACUAUUGAACCAUUAACUGAACCUCUAAAAUAAAAAGAUCCCAAAACAAACAAAAACAUAUAUGCCUCAGUGGUAAUAUCACAAAUGUGUCCCGUUAAGCUCUUAGGAAGAGAUUUGAUGACGAAAUUAGGGAUAGCUGUAGUACCAGAUCAAAAUGGCUCUGGUACUAAAGCCUGCCGAGUUAACCUAAAAACAACCGACAGUGAUGAAGAGGAUGACACAGAAACAUUUGUGUGCGAAGGACUGACGUUAAAUUACUGGUACAGUUUGGAUUUAGUUCAAACUGGGCCAGGAAGUAUAACUCAGGAGCUAAUGAAAUUGGUAAAAGACCGCAUUCCUCCAGCUGAAAUAAAAAAUAUUGAAGUGCACACACCCGAAGAGUUACAUUGCACAAUGUACUUUCGACAUCAAAAUGAACAAGACAGAGAAUAUCAUGAAAAGUUCUUUAAAGAAUCCAGCUGCAAAAUGACUAUCACCAAACUGUAUUGGGACCAAAAAGGAAACUGUGCUUGCGCGGUGAGCCUCCGAAAAGCAAAGGCAAAACUAUUGAGGAAGCCUGACACCGCACAUUUCCUGUUUACAAACCCUAGAGAUGCAGUGGAAAGAUUUAGGCGAGUUUGUUUCAAAAAUAGAGAGAUCAAACUGUGAGUGGCAGGAGGUGAGAGAGAGAGUGUUAUUCGCACCCAAAUUAAAUGUGUACUGUACCCACCUGAACUGGGUAACACAAACGGUGUUCACCUGUGGUUCACCUCAGUGGAGAAACCAGCCUAGACUUUACCACUGCCUGAUUCAAUCUAACUGACUGUAACGACUCAGAACCUCAGAACCCAAAAGCACAUCCUCAGAGACAGGAGCAGAGUCCAAUAUUCUUUAAUCAGUCCAAAAAAAAAAAAAACCAAGCAGGGGUCACAAACCAGGCAGACAGGCAGAUCAGGCAGACAACUCCAAAGGACUAUGCAAAUCUCAAGACGGGGAAACAGGCAGGAUCUCAGGUAACAGGCGAGCGAACAGGUAGAUAUAGAAAUGCUGGAAAGCUAGGCGAACAAUCAGACAAGGAGCAUGUGAAUAUGGACCAGUAUAUAUAAGGAAUGACUGAUGAGCCUAAUGGAAUCCAGGUGAGGAGAUGGGUGUGGAAACUCAGGUGAGGGGAAUGAGGUGAUUGCAGGGCAGAUGGGUGUGGUAGGAUCUGCAAUGACAGGAGAGUUAGAGAUCAGGCAGGUGAACAACAUGAAAAAUAGUCACUAAGAUGGUGAACCCGUGACACUGACGAAGAAGAGUUAGACCUAAACAGUGUACCUCAAAAGUUGUGGUCCAAAGGAUCAGCUGAUGUAGGACUUAUUAAAGGAAUACAACCAGUUAAAAUAACUCCAAAAGGCUCUUACAGGCCAUAUCAGAGACAGUAUCCACUUAAACUAGAGGCGGAAGAGGGGAUUGCACCGAUAAUACAAGAUCUACAAAGUGUAGGAGUUAUCAGGGAGUGCCCAGAUGCAGCAUGCAAUAGCCCCCUGUUCCCCGUAAAAAAGGCAGCCCCAUCAACAGGAUGGAUGAUGGUACAGGAUUUACAGGCAGUAAAUAAAGCAGUAAUACCACAUGCUCUCCUCGUUCCAGACCCACACACGCUGUUAAAUGAAUGUAAUCCAAAAGCUAAAUACUUAACAGUGAUAGAUUUAGCUAAUGCAUUUUUCUCUGUUCUGCUCCAUAUGGAAGAUCAAUUUUGGUUUGCAUUUCAAUACAGGGGUAAAAAGUAUACAUUCACAAGACUCCCACAAGGAUAUUGUGAAAGCCCAACCAUCUUUUCAAUGGCAAUGUCAUCCAACUUAGCACAAUUCACUUCCCCAAGAGGGAGCCAGCUGUUAUUAUAUGUUGAUGACAUUUUACUCUCAUCAGGAAAUGAACAGGAUUGUAAAAUUGAUACUAUUGCGCUAUUAAAAUAUUUGGCAGAACAGGGCCAUAAAGUAAGCAAGAACAAAUUACAAUUAUGGAAAAAGACAGUGAAAUAUUUAGGUUUUAAUAUCUUUUUUGAAGGCAAACACCUAGACGAAAAUAUGAAAACAGCAAUACAAGCACCCAAACCACAGACAAAAAAACAAAUGAUGUCAUUUCUAGGGAUGACUAACUUCUGAAGAGCGUGGAUUGCAAACUAUGCUGAAGUAACACACCCACUUCAAAUGCUUAUCUAUGACCAACCCAUGGCAGCCAAUGAUGUUAUCAUGGACUCCAGAGGGAGAACAUGCAUUUGUGCAAAUAAAACAACUGUUUGUGAGUUCACCAGUCCUGGCACUUCCAGAUUAUAAGAAACCUUUUGUGCAAACAUGUGAUGCUAGAGGUGGGUUUAUGACCAGUGUGUUAACCCAGCCUUUCAGAGGGAAACUUAGACCUGUGGCAUAUUAUUCAUCUAAACUAGAUCCAAUAGCUAGAGCAAUGCUGCAGUGUUUGCAAGCUGUACAAGCAGAAACCCUAGCAAUACAAAGUUCAGCCACAAUUGUCUUAUUUCACCCAUUAACACUGAAAGUGUCACACGCUGUAGAUGCUCUACUAACACAGACAAAAUUAGCUUUCAUGUCCCCAGCUCGACAUCUUAACUGCAUGACCAUUCUACUCUCUCAGCCUCAUCUAACUAUUGACAGGUGUACAACUCUAAAUCUGGCAAAUCUACUACCGAACGAAACAGAAGGCACCAAACAUGAUUGUGUGGCUGAAACAACGAAAAAAGUAUUACCUAGAGCAGAUCUAACUGAUGUGGCGUUACAAAACCCAGACGUAGUGAUGUUUGUAGAUGAGUCAUGCAAAAAGAAUCCGGACGGAACAAAUAGUAGUGGUUAUGCAGUGGUAACUAUAGACAAAGUACUGUGAUCAAAAGCACUUGCACCCCAUUUCUCAGCUCAAGCAGCAGAGCUGAUUGCACUAAUUGAAGCAUGCAAGUUAGGAGCAGGAAAGAGAGUAACUGUCUAUACUGAUAGUGCAUAUGCUCUUAACACCUUACAUAUUUUCGCACAACAGUGGAAAAAUAGAGGUAUGAUUAUAUCCACUGGAAAGCCAAUUUUACACACUGAUUUGAUUUCAGCCUUAUUAGAAGCUGUACAAUUGCCACUGCAGAUAGAAGUAUGUAAGUGUGCUGCUCACACUUCAGGAGAUGACUUAAUCUCACAGGAAGGCGGAUGAGGAAGCGAAAGCAGUUGCUGCUAGACAAGAAUACCAAGACAUAUACACAGCUGAGCAAAUUUCACACAUUGAUCAUGACAUUUUAAAAGACAUAAAACAUAGCUCACCCGACUCAAAGAGACAGUUUUGGGCAGAGAAAGGGGUGAAAUUAUCUGAAAAUGAAUUAUGGAAAUGACUAGUGGGAAAGUACAUUCUUCCAAAGAAUUUAUUUCGAUUUGCAGCAGUAUUGAUGAAUAGGUUGACCCAUACAUCAACUGGAGGUAUGUAUGAACUAAUAAACAAAAUAUAUACAACCUAUGGAUUCCAAAAUUAUGCAAAAAAAUUUUGUGCAUCAUGUGUAGUGUGUGGAAAACAGAAUGUUCAAGGUAAAUUGAAACCAAGGUCAGGCAGGAUACCCAAUGCACAAAUCCCAUUUCACACAGUAUGCAUGGAUUUCAUUGAAUUGAAUAAAUGUGAAAACAAAAAAUACCGCUUAGUAAUCAUAGACUUAUAUUCAAAAUUGAUUGAAGUCAUUUCAACAGUAAGAAGUGAUGCAAUAACAGUAGCGAAAGCUCUAGUAACACAUAUUGCACCGAGAUUUGGGUUUCUAGAAAUUAUAUAUAGUGAUAAUGGACCUCAUUUCAGAAAUGAUGUAAUUGCUAAACUCAGUGAAUCAUUUUCCAUCAAAAUGAAAUAUCAUUGUUCUUAUCAUCCACAGUCAGCAGGAUUAGUGGAAAGAGCAAAUGGUACGAUCAAGGCUAAACUCAGGAAAGCCAUGGAAGACACAGGGAAAGGAUGGAUAACCUGUUUGCCAGCAGUAAUGUUAAGCCUUCACAUACAGCCUAACGAUACAGGACAAUCACCUUUUGAAAUCCUAUAUGGUAGACCCUACAGAGUACCUUUGAUUAACUUAAAGGGAGAUGACACAGAAUUAACAGAAACGAUUGUAGAUUAUAUGAGCAGGAUGUUGAAAAACAAAGAGACUAUGUCUACAGUCCUCUCACCCACAGAGCCAGUCCCUGACCAAAUGACACCUGUGAAGCCAGGAGAUUGGGUUUUCACCAAAAUGCUCAAAAGGAAGAACUGGAGCUCUCCAAGGUGGGAAGGCCCAUUCCAAGUGCUACUCGCAACACCCACAGCAGUGCGCAUAGCUGAGAGAACGACGUGGCUACACCUGACACACUGUAAACGAGCACCAAUACCUACAGAUAAGUAAUAAACAAUAUAAACAAGUCAACGACAACUGCUGAAGAUUACACAUUUGUAGAGUUAAACCGUGUACCAGUUCAUCAGACUCCAGGAGGAAGAGCUUUGCUCGCCUGGAGUAAGAAACAGCUAUGGUUACAAUGGAUUUCUUUCACCACUAAGGGUUCCGGACUAGCAACUGAUUGCAUAGUUUGUGCAGCUGCAAGACCAUCAUUGGGAACAGUUCCUUUUCCACUUAAUCCUCACAAUGAUCUUCAAGGAUUCAAGUGUAUGCUCAGUCUACAUAAAACUGACUCUCCUAGAAAUAACUGUACCACUCUCAAGUAUCUGUUUCCAGCUGUCUCCACUAAGGUUGUUCCACCAUGGUUUAUGCCAUACAAGGGGAAUUAUAUCUGCCUGUCCAGAACACGCGGAUUGAAUGGAGGACAAGAAAUGGGAGAUCUGACAGGUUGUGGCACUACAGUUGCAGUGAGUAAGAAUCGCAAUGGGAUUACUGAUGACCUGGUUACCAAUCACGAAUAUGAAUGUUCAGAUACGUGGUGGUACUGCGGAGAAUUCAGGUAUCACAGAUCCUUUCACUGGGUGGCUGGAGGACAUGUUUAGGAAAUGGGAAAACACCUUUAAAGCCAUAAUAUUGUCUGUGGGAAUCAUGCUUGCCUUUCUAGUUACUUGUUGUUGCAUUCCAUGUCUGAGAGAAUUAAUGCAAAAAUUGAUUACUACUACACUAACGUGGCAACAGCUAUUGUAUCAGCCUGUCUCCACAGAUAACGAUUACGAGAGACAUGUUGUGGUCGGAGGACAUGUCGGGGUUAGACACGGAGAUGAAGAGAUCUACGGAGAGUAUGUUCAGCUUGAAGCAAGAGAGGAGUCCAUCUAUGAACACAUUGGAGAUGUGACACUUGCUGGAGAUGAGACACCUGUUUAGUCUUUAUUCCACAGCAUAAUGACGAACUUAUAGAAAAUCUGAAGGGAAGUUAUAGUGUUCUGAUGUAAUGUAUGCUUAAGAGAAAAAGACUGACAGUAUGUUGUAUAUACAUUUAUAGGUUUUCUAUUUCUUUCACAUAUCAGGGAGAAGGACCUCAGGCAGGGAAAGGUCCACACAUCGGGUCCAAUGAGUCGAUCAGCCCGACUGAGGACAAGUUUUGUUUUUUUGUUUUUUUAGAAUACAUAAGAAAUGUUCAUAUACAAUGGCUAUUGUCAGAAUUGAUGUCUCUAAAAUUGUGACAUGUGAUUAAGCAUACAAAUGUGAUCAAAACACUCAUUGACACUGAUUAAUGGCCGCUGGGGCAGCGGGGUCGUAAGGAGAAUUUGAAAACGAAAAUGAAAAGAAUGAUAAAGAACUGCCUGACAGGUUUUUUUGCUCCCACAUCUGUUGUCAAGAGAAUCAUGCAACUAUGUAAUCAUUUAUUAUGUUAUUCAUUUGAAUCAUUCAUAUAUACUCAUUUGAAUCAUUUGUGGUUUUCUCGUUUGAAUUAAUGGUAUUUUUCUUUUCCUCUACUUACAAGAAAUUUUUAUACUAUUGUAUUUUUGUAUUUUUUAAGAGUACA